CCAAUCCUUAGCAUUUCCCACAAAGCCACGCCCCCAGAGGUCUCUCCAUGGGGGCCUAAGCUGUUCCUCAGGGAUUAAAGCUUCCUGCACAUACUCUACCUCUCAGGGCCAGGCCCUGGGGUAAAAUGGGGAGCCCUGCUAUUCAGGGUACACACCCACUUGGCGAGCCCCACUGGCCCAGACGUCUGGCCUUGGAUGGGCCCCGGUACCACCUGGAGUCAACGACCAGAUCCCAGAUCAGAUUGCUGAGUUUCCAGAUCUGCAAUCAGAAGGGACUUGUCAAGUUGGGAAUGAAACACUGGUGAGGAACAUGGGGGUGGCCAGGCAGGAUUUCUGGGGCAGUGCUGCUGGGGAGAAGCCCCGCCUCCAGGGCCCAGAGUCAGGCGUCCCCUGUGCCCCCAGAGCCUCCCCGGUGCCAGUCUUCUCUUUGGGGGAGAAUGAGCCCUUCCACAGUUUCUCUGCCCACCGGGGGGUUUCUGGGUGGAAAGACACAGGAAACACUGGGCUGCUGCUGAGACUGGCUCUAUGAAUGUUCCAGGCCCCAGGGCCUCCUCCUGCCCUUCCACACCUGAAGCUUCUACCAGCUCUGCUCCCAGGCUCCCCAGCCCGCUCCCCACUCCUGGGCUCAAGGCCCCCGCAUGGUUGGGAGGUGAAAGUCCCAGGUUGGGGCCUGAAUACUUCGCUGCCAGCCCCGCCCCCAGGCUGGCAUUGGGCAAACCCACCAGCCCUGAACUCUGUCCCACUGGAUCCCUCAGGAGGGAGAGGGACUUCCUUGAAGGGGUCUCAGUGGCCACCCGUCUUAUUCUCUUCUGCCCACACUGCAGGCCCUGAUCCACGUACAGUGACCCAGGUGGCCGGCUCAGCACACGUGGACAUGGUGCACGAGGUGAAGCUGUGAAGCCACCCAGGCGGCCGUUCCAAGAGCACGCCCUGUGCGUCGGGGUCUCUGCCCACAGUCACCUCCUUAUCACUAGGCGGCCGCAGGGUCCUGGAGGAGUGUGCGUGGGGACUGAAUUUCACACUGGGAAUAUACAUGUGGUAUUGCUGUGUUUGUCCUUAGGGUUGAUGUCCCUGUGCCAAGUAAUGCCUCCGAGUAGCCUAGACACUCCCAGACCUGCAAACACUAGGGCGUGCUCAUCCAGGAUCUGUGUUAUCAUGCAGUCAGGGCUGGGACCCAGUGGGUGGGCUCUCUGCCUUCUUCUGCAACCCUUUCCCCACAAGAUUUCUACUGCACCCGGGAGAAGACCUCGGUGGCACAUCCCCUAUCCCGCUUCCCAGCCCCAAGCAGUGGCCAGCCCAGACCAACCCACUGGAGAAGUUCAUGGUAAGUGUGGGGAGCCUGGAGACGGCUGGGGUUCUGAACACAGUCUCCACAUCCACAGGCGAUCUCUGGAGGCUGCAAGGGCUUGGUCACUGAGACCAGAAAGGCUUCCAGCAUCCCGUCCGGGACCCUGCUGGCAGAAGGGGAGCACCUGGGAGUCUCCACUGCCCUGCUGCCCUCCCCCACCAUGAAAAUCCUGCAGAAACAGCAGCUAGAAGUACUGAGCACCUACAAAUACGUGUCCUGUUUCCUCUUCAUGGGCCCUUUCUUUUCCCUUCUUGGCGUCUUCCUCCUCUUCACCUCCCUCUGGUGGCUGUCUGUUCUCUACACGGUGUGGUUAUUCCUGGACUGGGACACACCCUGCCAAGGAGGAAGGCGUUCUCAGUGGAUAAGGAAUUGGGUUCUUUGGAAACACAUGAGGGAUUAUUUCCCCAUUAAGCUGAUUAAAACAGCAGAGCUGCCCUCAAACAGGAACUACGUGCUUGCCACCCACCCACAUGGGAUCCUGAGCGUCGGAGUCUUCUGUAACUUCUGCACUGAGGUCACUGGCUCCUCGCAGCAGUUCCCCGGGCUUCGGUUCUCAUUGGCCAUAUUGAACAGUCUCUUUUACCUCCCAGUCUAUCGAGAUUAUGUUAUGUCCUAUGGAACAUGUUCCGUGAACCACCAGAGCCUGGAUUUUAUUCUGUCGCAGCCCCAGCUCGGCCAGGCUGUGCUCAUAUUGGUCGGCGGAGCCCACGAGGCCCUGCAUGCCGUCCCAGGGGAGCACUGCCUCACUCUCCGGAACUGUAAAGGCUUUGUCCGCCUGGCACUGAGGCACGGCACCUCCCUUGUGCCCGUGUACUCCUUUGGGGAGAAUGACAUCUUCAGAGUUAAGGCUUUUGCCCCAGACUCCUGGCAGCAUCUGUUCCAGGUCACCAUCAAGAAGGUCGUGGGCAUUUCUCCUUGUGUCUUCUGGGGCCGUGGUCUCUUCUCAGACAAGUCCUGCGGCCUGGUGCCCUUGGCCAGACCCAUCAUCACUGUGGUGGGCCGCCCCAUCCCGGUGCCCCAGUGCCCGCAGCCCACCGAGGAGCAGGUGGACCACUAUCACACGCUGUACAUGAAGGCUCUGGAGCAACUGUUUGAGGAGCACAAGGAGAGCUGUGGCCUCCCGGCUUCUGCUCACCUCACCUUCAUCUAGCCCUGGCCUCACCCCUGUGCCCCUCACAGCCCCACCCACCCACCCACCUGCCCCACAGCCCCGAUCCCAGAGCCCCCACUGACUCCACACUACUGUGCAAAUCAAAGCCAGUUCCCUCACCACUGCUUGGUGGAAGCUUUCUCUAGGAGUGAGCCUGCCCACUUGUGUUCCACCUCCACCCUAAUUGAUCCAGACUUGCUGCAGGGCCCUGAAUUCUCCUCCCAGAGACUGAAUUCUGCUACGUGAACUUGCAUGAGUCUCUUCCCUUGGCUGGGUCCCUUUUCCCUCUGUAAAUGAAUGCAUCUCCUUAGCUAAGAGUUCUUGAGCAUCAGAAUGGAGUUGGAGAGGGGAGUUCCCCCAAGGGGUAAGCUUUCAGAGUGGACAGGAUUUAAGUAGGGGGAGACUGCAGAGUACAUGAGCUUCCCUUAUGGCUCAGCUGGUAAAGAAUCUGCCUGCAAUGUGGGAGACCUGGGUUCAAUCCCUGGGUUGGGAAGAUCCCCUGGAGAAGGGAAUAGCUAUCCACUCCAGUAUUCUAGCCUGGAGAAUUCCAUGGACUGUAUAGCCCAUGGGAUCACAAACAGUGAGACAUUACUGAACGACUUUCAUAGAGUACAUGGUGAAAUACCACGAACAAAAGCUGGCAAGUGUCAAGUGUACUGAUAGUAGGGAGGGUCGGAAUGAUCCCCAGUGAUAGAAAGAUACAGUUAAGAACAUACCUACUUCUCUAUCUCUUCCCAUCCUUAUGUAAAUUACCAACAUUUAACAUUUUAAAAACUGGAGACUGACAAAAUAAGAGCCAACGACUCGACUACCAUCAUCACCAUCACCACCAUCGUCAUCACAGGUACCUGCCCAAUGAGAUGGGAGAUGGUCAGUUGAAAUGUCUGAGGGUCCUUAUGUGGUGAUAGCACCCUUCGACUUGUGCCAGUCCAAUCUCUUGAUUGGCUUUAUGUCUGUAUCCAUGACUUAAAUGAGAAAGUCUUGUUGGAACUAAGUUGGACCUUGUUGCAUAACUAAAUGCAAGUCUAUUUAUCCUCCGCUGUCUUCAAAAAUUUAUUCAGGGGAAGAAUUUUCCUUGUCUCUGGAUUAAAGAAAUCUUGGCACUCUUGUGAC